AAAAAAAAAAAAAGAAUGAGGGAUCAUGGGACAGUCACUUGCUUCUUGUGAAUCAUGACCUUCUGGGGUCCCUCAUCCCACCCCAGAAAUGCUGGCAUAGUAAAACAGAUAACCAGGGAAGAAAAGUUUUUCUCUAUUCUGACUGAAGGAGACAACACAGAAGAAAAAGAACGCAAUGCUGUCACAGUAAAUUGUUAGUAAAUGUAGUAAAACCAAACCCAUUGCCAUCGAGUUGAUUCCAAUUUAUAGCGACUCUACUAAAUCCUGAUUAAUCCCAGUACUCCUUGUACCAGGGUUUGAGGUUGCCCACAAAAGACACAGACCACACACACAACCAUUAGUGCAUGGGUAAAUGCUUUAAUCACAGAGAAGAGACAAAGCAAGAUCAGCUUUACUAGUGGCCACCGAUCUCCCAUGGCCAGCAGGAUCCCCCCGCAUACGGCUAGUGCAGGGCAGAUGUCCUAUGUACACCCUUCUCGUGCAGUAGACUGGAGAGACCUCGUUCCCUCCCCGCUGGGAACAGAUAUAGAAGUGGGACUGGCCAGGUGCCAUCUAGUGCCCGUGCAUGAGCAAAAGACAGAGAAGGUUACUGUGUGCCCAAAACAGGGGAAAGACUUCUCUGAAAAGGAGAAGGAACUGGGAAAGAGAAGGUGACUCAAUUCCCAACCUCCUCAUCAAAGAAUGCUCUGGGCUGUAGGCAGCUGGGAUGGGAGGCUUAGAGGCAGACCGUUCCCCCAACACUCCUGAUUUGUAAUUUGUGAUCAAUUGGAUAUGGUAUGAAAUACUCAUAGUAUCUAUUAAAUAAGAAACAACAGCAAAAAAUAAACUGAUACAUGAAACUUAGAACUUUAUCUUGAAUCUAUUGUGACUGUUAAAUGUUUUUAAUUAGAUUAUCUUCUUAGUACCUAUAUUUUAUUAGCUAUAUGUAUAAUAUUUAUAAGUAGUAAAUGCUUGAAAAGUACUAAAAAAAAAGUAUUAGGACUUUUCACCAAUUCACACAUAAUUAUCCCUUCCCUCUUUCCCAGCCUUCCUUAUCCUUAUUUGUUUUUAAAUAAAAAAUCUAACAGUAUAAUAACUUCAAAAGUUACAAUCAGUAAAAUGGUGGUUAGGACAAUCUAGAAAUUGUUCUUUUUCUGGCACAGUAAUAUUUUUUUCUUUCAGGUUUCCUCCCUGGGCCCAGACUUCUUUCUCCGGGAGCAAACUCCAACAUGGGGUGAGGUACAGAAGAGAGACUUGAAGGGUGCACCCUGGCACCCAAGGACCUGCACCCUAGAGCAAGGGCUCACAGGGCAGGGCGAAGCUGGCGGCUGCCUUCCUCUGAAACAGUGCCUUGCCCGUGGGAGAAGGAACCCUGGAAUCCACAGACCAGCUUUGGAGGCCUCCCCUUCUUCCCUCCAAGACCACUCCCUUUCCAGGCCGUAAGAAAACUGAAAAUUGUCGGCAUUCCGAGGAGGCGAAACCCAAAGCUUGAGCGGCAAGCUUCCCUGCCAGCCCGGCCCCCAGCCUGCACGCCGCGGACACCAGGUCCUCGCCAUGUUCGCUGCAUCAGGGGCGGAGGCGGGGAAGCCGUACACGUGCAGCGAGUGCGGCAAGAGUUUCCGCUAUAGCUCCGUGCUCAUGCGGCACGAGCGUGCUCAUGGCGACGACGGCCGCUUUCGCUGCCUCGACUGCGGGGAGCGCUGUGCACGGGCCGCCGACCUCCGCGCGCACAAGCGCGCUCACGCCGGCGAGACGCUGUACAUUUGCAGCGACUGCGGCCAAAGCUUCCGCUACAGUGACCGUCUAGACCUGCAUCAGGGCGCGCACCGGCGGCGUAACCGCGCCUGCCCCUGCCGUGCCUGCGGCCGCCGCUUCCCACACCUCCCAGCGCUGCUGCUGCACCGGCGCCGCUGGCACCCUCCUGAGCAGCCUCAACGCUGUCUUCUGUGCGCCCGCGCCUUCCGCCAGAGCGCCCUGCGCUUCCACGAGGCUCGGGCGCACCCGCUGGGGGCACCUGCUGCUCCCGCCGACCAGCCACACCGCUGCGCACAGUGUCCGCGGGCCUUCCGUAGCGGCGCAGGGCUACGGAGCCACGCGCGCGUCCACGCGGCCCGGAGCCCCGGCGAUCCCGCGGGCCCGCAGCCGCGCGCUCCGGACGGUCACCAGUGCGGCGUAUGCGGCAAGAGCUUCAGCAAGAGCUCGACGCUGACGCGACACCUGCAAACGCACUCGGGCGAGAAGCCCUUCAGGUGCCCCGAGUGUGGCAAGGGCUUCUUGGAGAGCGCCACGCUGGUGCGCCACCAGCGCACACACACGGGCGAGAAGCCAUACGCGUGCAGCGACUGCGGGCGCUGCUUCAGUGAGAGUUCCACUCUGCUGCGCCACCGGCGCAGCCACCAGGGCGAGCGGCCGCACACAUGCGCCACGUGCGGAAAGGGGUUUGGGCAGCGCUCCGACCUGGUGGUGCAUCAACGCAUCCACACGGGGGAAAGGCCCUUCCCGUGUCCUGAGUGUGGCCGCCGCUUCAGCGACCGCUCAGACCUCAGCAAGCACCAGCGCACGCACACGGGCGAGAAGCCCUACCGCUGUGAGCUGUGUGGCAAGCGCUUCACGUGCGUGUCGAACCUGAACGUGCACCGGCGCAACCACGCUGGCCACAAGCCACACAAGUGCCCAGAGUGCGGCAAGGCCUUCAGCGUCGGUUCCAAGCUGGCGCUGCAUCGCAAGACGCACCUGGGCGAGCGACCAGCCGAGUGUGCCGAGUGUGGCAAGUGCUUCAGCCACAGCCGCUCACUGUCACAGCACCAGCGGGCCCACAUGCGCGCCCGCGCCGCUGCUGCCAGGGCUGCCACUGCGGAGGCUGCCGCCGACGUUAGCUCCGCGGGCGCUCCCCUCGUCUUUACAGGGGAGGCUGGACAGGAAAAGCAGGGGCUCUUUGUGUCGCAGUUGGGGCAGAAGUGCUAA